AUGUCUAAUGACUUGAGCUAUGGAAACUACACAGACGAAUAUCCAAAUUACACAUUUGAUUAUUCAGAUGAUGCCUGCAACGAUACUGAAGUGAGGCGAUUUGAAUCUGUGGUCACUCCAAUCUUUUUCACAAUAGUCAUCAUUUUAAGUUGUGUGGGUAAUGUGUUGGUGCUAUGGAUCCUGAACAGAUAUGAGAAUCUGAGUUCCCUGACCAAUGCGUUUCUUGUAAAUGUGGCCAUCUCUGACCUGCUGUUUACUGCUGGCUUACCUUUUUGGGCAUCCUACCACGUCUGGGGCUGGACGUUUGGUAACAUAGGUUGCAAAUUGGUCAGCUUCGUGUUCUACCUGGGCUACUACAGCAGCCUCAUCUUCUUAACAGUGAUGACGGUGCAUCGCUACAUGGCUGUAAUGUAUCCUCUGUCUGUCGCCUUGAACAAAAAGCCAGACUAUUGCAUUGUGAUGUCUGUAGUCAUCUGGUUCUUCAGUAUCUGUGCUGCAACCCCUAAUUUUAUUUUUAAAAAACUUGUGUUCUCCAGUGACAAUGAAGCAUUUUGUGAUUAUCAGGGAGAAAAUCACUUCUGGAAGUUGUUUGGAAUUUUCCAGCAAAAUAUUUUCUUCUUGGUGGCCUUCAUCACUAUUGCAUUUUGCUACACUUGCAUCCUUGGGCGCCUGCUCAGACCCAUGUCCCACACCAGACCCAAGACAGUCAAGCUGAUCCUCUGUAUCGUGAUCGUUUUCUUCAUCGGUUGGAUGCCAUACAAUGUAACCAUCUUUCUCGACUCUUUAAUAACUUGGCAAGUCUCACCAUUUAAUAUCUGUGAGGUCAGUAAGACUGUAGGCUACAUCCAUAACAUCUCUCGCCUGAUAGCAUUCUCUCACUGCUGUUUAAACCCAGUAUUUUAUGUCUUUGUGGGCAUUAAGUUCAGAAGUCACCUGAAAAAGAUGCUAAAGAAUCUCUGUGGGCAUGAGGAACAAUCUCAGCAUCGCCACAGUCGUUUUAUUUAUUCAAACGGGGAGGAAAUCUCCAUGUACUAACUACCAGUCUGCUUUUUAAAUGCUUGAUUUAGUUCAUACACCUUACUUGCAUCACAUCUAAACUGUUUGUAAAUAAGAAAAUGUUUUAUAGUUAUUACUGUGAUAUUAGUCCUUUUCUACCUAUUUAUAUUAUAUUCUUCUAUAC